CCCAUCCUCCUCCAGAGCUUUUUAAAGACCGUGUUCGCUUCGCGCUCCGACGGUAUCACCCAAGGAGCUGCCUGGUGCCAAAUAGCCCACACCGACCCCACGGCUGUCGUAGGAGCGAACGUCUUUAGGAGGACGGCGGCAAAACUGUAAAUAAUAAAUUAACAGACACAGGGCUGCGGGCCAGAGAGUUUAACCCCUCAUCUUCCAGAGAGGAGGGGGGGGGAGAGGACCGUCGAAGGGUCGCUUGGUGAAAUGUGAGCAGACCGGCGCUUCGGCAAUCGUCUCUUUUUUUAUUUUUAUUUUUUAUUUUGUUGUAGUCCCUUUCUGUUUGCCUCAAUGCGGUGGGGACUGCAGCCGACGCGCUCGGUACAGCCGCGUUGAUGCCGCAGCGGCCGGCUGUCGUGCUCCAAAUCCACCGCCACCGGAUCGGGGAAGACAAUAGAAGCACCGGACUCCCCGAGUCUGCAUCCGCUCCGGGCUUCAGGAGUUUCUCUGGGAGGAACCUGGUUAAAGAGUGACGUGACAGUGAGCAGCUGCAUCAGGAUGGCGGCCGUGGUGAACUAUUCUCCUCCGUGGUGGGUGAACCUGCUCCACCGGUUGCCUCACUUCAACCUAGAGUUUCAAGUGGUGAGCAGCGACUUCAGACCGGAGGACUCGGAGUAUCAGAAGUCUGUUUUGCUGAUUGGUUCUGUGGCUUUGAUGUGUUUGGGCCUGGACCUUCUCUUCCUCCUCAUCUACUCCUUCUGGCUUUGCUGCCGAAGAUGCAAACGUGACGAGUCCUCGCACUCCCAUACGCGCUCCCAGCAGCCCAGUGCUGACUGCUGCUGCACUGCCUGGUGCGUCAUCAUUGCCACGCUUGUUUGCAGCGCUGGCAUUGCUGUAGGAUUCUACGGAAACGGGGAGUCGAGUGAUGGAGCCAGUCGACUGGCGUACUCCCUCCGUCAUGCCAACCGCACUGUAUCUGGGGUGGAGAAGCUGGUGUCGGACAACGCCCAGGCCUUAAACCAGACGGUGGAGGAAAACUUGGUCCAGCUAGAGACAACGUUCCAGGAUCAGACAGACUUUGUGGCCAUUGUCCAGAAGCUGCAGGGACAGCUAGAUGAGCUGGUGAGGCUGAUGGUUGAUGUUCCCUUCUGGUCCAACACUGACAUCUCCCUGGAGGACUUGGCUCAAAAAACGGAGGCAUUUGACUUUUACAGAUGGUUGGGAUAUCUUGGCUUGCUGCUGUUUGAUGUUCUCAUUUGUCUCCUGGUGCUCUUUGGUCUCAUACGAAACUCUCGAGGCACUCUGAUUGGCGUGUGUCUGCUCGGGGUUCUGACUCUGAUAAUCAGCUGGGGUUCUCUGGGCCUGGAACUGGCUGUUGCUGCCUCUGCCAGUGACUUCUGUGUUUCCCCGAAUACCUACAUCACCAGUGUAACCAAAGAAAACGCCGUCAUCAACCAAGAUAUCCUGCAGUAUUACCUGAAGUGCAGCUCUGGACAAGCUAAUCCCUUCCAGCAGAGGCUGUCAGGGAGUCACAAAGCAUUGGUGGAGAUGCAGGAUGAUGUGGCAGAGCUACUGAGAUCAGCAACACGUGAUUAUGCCAGUGCCAAGGAAAGUCUCGAACAGAUCCAGUCCGUGCUGAACUCUACCGAGGUCGGUCUGCACCAGCUGACUGCUCUCGUGGAUUGUCGCAGCCUACACAUGGACUACGUCCAAGCGUUGACCGGGCUGUGUUAUGAUGGGGUGGAGGGUCUCAUCUACCUGGUUCUCUUCUCCUUCGUCACGGCUCUGAUGUUCUCCUCCAUCGUGUGCAGCGUGCCACAUACUUGGCCGAGGAAGAGGACGGAUGAGGAGGAUGGAGAAGACGAGUCGGGCGCAUCACGUGGCGGUGUGCACGAUAACCUGUACCGCGUUCACAUGCCCAGUCUCUACAGCUGUGGCUCCAGCUACGGUAGCGAAGCUAGCCUGCCCGCUACAGCCCACACUGUCAGCAAUGCCCCCGUCACUGAAUACAUGAGCCAGAACGCAAACUUUCAGAACCCUCGGUGUGAGAACACCCCCCUGAUUGGCAGGGAGUCCCCUCCACCCUCUUACACCUCCAGUAUGAGAGCAAAGUACCUGGCCACCAACCGACCGGACCAGAAUCGCCGCUCUGUUCCUAAUGACCAAUUGGAUCCUGCCAGCCGACCUCACCCCGCCGCCCGACCACAGUCCUCGGUCCAYUAGAGACCACUUCAAUUCGGCACUGCCCCAAUCCUGUUCUCGCAGCCAAAAGCCAGACUCGACUCAGCGCUCAUGCCAGAGCUCAACUAAGUGCAUUUAGGAGCCCACUUCGUACAAGCCUGAUUUAUUUCACCAACAUUUCUUCAGAAACAGCACAUCAAGUCGGAACUCUUCAAUCAAUGCAAAUGACUGCGUUUAGAAAAUUAACUGACUAAUCUCCUACUGUUAUCUUAAAAAAGGAAAAUCAUCCUUGAAGGUCACUAUUUCUUCUCCUCUUCGUUUAAAAUCUUCACUCAGCUGUUCAUUCCAGUACCACUGAUGGAUCAGCUCAUGUACCCACAAUGCACAGCAACGUGAAAGCCUCUACACAAUUUCUCCUUCUGUUUGUCAGAUAUUUCCUUCUCCUCUUGGACUUGUACGMUGACUUUCUGGUCCUUCGCACCACUCGACUCCCAGUCACCUUUACAUUCAGACCACAAACAGGAAAGCACAUGCUCACAUACGCACAUACCCCCACACACGCACACACACACACACACACACCUGCUGUACAGACCUGUAAAUAGUCAACAUGCGCUUUAUUCUGAUCUCAUUAAAAAAAAAAAACAGACUGUUGAAUCUUUACUGGUUAUGUGAUGUGCUGCGUGUUUAAUAUAAAAAUUCUUCGGCGUUUCUCUUGUACGAACACACAGACACAAACUGGCGAGCGAACAAACUGAACRCACAUGCUUACAAAUAAUAAACCGGAGAACCAGAGAGCCAUGUUUAGAUAGGAACUGAACUGUGCCACCACAUUCACAUUUCCACUAAGACUUGAAUUGCGUUAUUAAAGAAAAGACUGUGUCCACAUCUCUUUUCAUACUUGUUUACAUGCACACAUACAGUACACACAUUUAUMAAUAUGAGCCAGGAAUCGAGUUGUGAAACAACUGCUUGUAUCUGAAAAAGGAAGUCAGAGACCACUGACGUCAGAAGGCUCCUCAUGUGCCAAAAAACUGGAAAAUAAGAAGGAUGCCUGAUUCUGUCUUCAUCUUCUACUGCCUCUGGAUGACUGGAGAAAAGGGGAAAAAAGAGCUCAGAAGGAGUAUUUCCCCUGUGACUGUCACUGACGAGGGAACAGGAAGAGACACUUGAAAMGGGAAGCAAUGGACACAUUAAUUGCGACUUAACAUUUGUAAGGUGCUAUGUAAAAGUGUCAAGACCUUGGAAGAAGGUCAAGACUGAGAGGGAAAGAAACAUUAAUGUUCUUUUUUUUUAUUAUUAUUUUUUAUCUAGGAUUUUGAGAAGGAACACAGAAAGCAGCAAAAAUAAGUCAAAUUUCCUUUACACCUGAAAGGAAAGUGUCGUAACCUGAAAAAACAAUGUUUAAUAGAAGUCACAAAUACAUUGGGUAUAGUUUUUUUUUUUUUCUACUUAAAGGGGUAAUUAAGAUAUUUUGAAGUGUUUUUGGAAAGGCUAUGAACAAAUAAUAUAUUACCUGUUUUAGAUGGAUCCUUGAACAGCUUCAGAUUGUAGAAAGUGUGUAA